AUGGCUCAUAGGAUACCGCCGACCGAUCGAACGCAAGGGGUGCGGCCACCGAUCCAACCACCCCACUGGAAUCAGUCCGCCAGUGGGCCAACACAAGGUCCCAAAUGGUGGCCUGGCAUCUUGAAGGACGGAGACAUCUCGGGAACGGGGAAAAAGCCCCUAAGUCUGUGGGACCACCGCGCAAACGCAGUCAAGGACGCGUUUGUGUACGCAUACGAAAACUAUCUGAAGUAUGCCGAAGGAUACGAUGAACUUCUUCCACGCACUGCAGGCAAAGUCAACAACUUUGUUGGCUGGGGGACAACGGUGCACGACUCGCUGGACACCAUGUGGAUCAUGGGACUUCAUGAUAUGUUCCGCAGAGAGCUUAUUUCCGUGGCUAAGACUCGCUUUCAUUUGACCCAGGUCUGUAAAUUCCUUCGUACUUCUGGCAGAUCUUUGACCCAAGCAACGCAGGAUAAAUAUGCGCCAUUCUUCGAAACCAUCAUCCGGCACCUCGGAGGUCUGCUAUCAGCGUAUGCACUCUCUGGAGAGCCCAUCCUUCUUACCCGGGCUGAUGAUCUGGGGAGGAUGCUCCUGCCUGCUUUCGACUCCCCGUCCGGAUUGCCGUGGUACGCCGUGAAUACAAUCAGUGGGAACACCAAGGCAGGAUGGUCACCGAGUGUCCUGUGGGCCGAAGCUAUGAGCAACCAAAUGGAGUACAAAUACCUUGCUCACCUCACGGGACGUGAAGAAUACUUCAAUCGGACUGAACGAAUCAUGAAGUUGAUGCACGAAGCACCGCUGAAUGAAGGCUUAUUCCCUUCCAUGUGGGACCAACACAACGGCGCACCUACUAAUCAGCAAUUCACAGUGGGAGCUUAUGCUGACAGUGCCUAUGAAUAUUUACUCAAGCAAUGGCUGCUUACAAGCCAUUCAGAACCUAAAGCCCUCGAGCUAUACUUAAGUUCAGCAAAGGGAAUCAUUAACAACCUCCUCCAUCUCACACCAAACCGAGAACUACUCUACGUAACGGACGCCGUUGGAACAGACUACGCUCCCUCUCGCACUCUCGAACACCUGUCUUGCUUUCUACCUGGUCUCUUCGCUUUGGGCGUCCACACACUGCCCGAGUCGCAACUGACCGGGGAAGAGAGAGAACUUCAUCUCUGGGCAGCCGAGGGCCUUGCUGAAACGUGUUGGGCCACGUAUGCCGAUACCAAGACCGGUCUAGGUCCGGAUGAAGUCGCGAUGGCACCUUGGCCCUCACCGCCAGAAGGUCAAACCAAUAUCGGGAGUCGGUGGAAAGAUCAUCUUGACAAGUGGGAGAAGGCGGGUAGGCCAGGUGGAAAGCCGCCUGGGACAAGGGUCGUAACGCCUGAAUCGGAUCCUACCAAGCGCGACUGGCUUACCCAGAAGGACACGUACCUUUUGAGACCCGAGACCGUUGAGAGCUUCUACGUUUUGUGGAAGGCAACCGGCCAGGUUCGAUGGAGGGAGCGAGGAUGGGCUGUCUUCCAAUCCAUCGAGAAGCAUGCGAAAACCAAGUAUGGGUAUGCGAGUGUGGUGAACGUUGAUCAAGUCCCACCAGAUUGGAAGGAUGAGAUGCCGAGCUACUUCCUCGCCGAGACAUUGAAAUACCUCUACCUCCUGUUCAGCGAGGAAGACCUAAUACCCUUCGAAUACUUUGUGUUUAACACCGAAGCGCAUCCCUUCCCUAUAUUCGAAUGGUCGAACUGGGAGAAGGAAGAGUGGGGAAUCGGCACACACGCUGCCCCUUCACCUCAGCGGACAGCAUGA